ACAAUUUCGAUGAGGAAUUUUUUGAAGUUAAUAAUAUUACUUUCAAAGAAUUAUUUAGGCUAUAUAAUUUAUCAGUACAUACAAUAUACAACCAAGCAGAAGUACUCAAGGAACAUGCAUCAUUAUUCAACAGAUUAUCAAAGAAUAUUAAAAAGUAUUCAACA